GUCCACCACAUGUUGCAUCUUUCAUCGCACCACUCUUGGCGGUCAAGUAAAGCCACUAAAUCCAAAAGUCUCUCAUCCCUCUAUUUCCAUCUUCUCCUGCUCUUGCAGAACUCACAGCGUCACAGAGGAGCUGGAGCUGGCAGGAACAGGUUAAUGGGCAUCAAUUUAGCUCUGGUUUCAGUGGCUGUGAUGCUGUACACGUGCCACGCAGGCAGCAACCUCCACCCUCUGAUCCUAAUACCUGGGAAUGGUGGGAACCAGCUAGAAGCCCGGCUAACCGCUGGCUACAAGCCCUCGAGCUUGUACUGUUCCAAAAGGUGGAACCCGGCGCGGCAGAACAAGGAGGGUUGGUUCAGGUUGUGGUUCGAUCCCAGUGUCCUCUUAGCUCCGUUUACCAAGUGCUUUGCCGAGCGCAUGACGCUUUACUACGAUUCUGAUUUGGAUGAUUAUCGUAAUGCCCCUGGGGUUGAAACCAGGGUUCCUCACUUCGGUUCUACUCGGUCCCUUCUGUACCUUGACCCCAAUCUCAAGCACAUUACAGCAUACAUGGAACCUCUAGUGGAAUCCCUGGAACAAAUUGGUUAUGUCAAUGGCGAAACCCUCUUCGGAGCUCCAUACGAUUUUAGAUAUGGUUUAGCUGCAGAGGGUCACCCAUCCCAUGUGGGCUCCAAGUUCCUUCAAGACCUAAAGGAUUUGAUAGAGAAGGCCAGCACUUCCAACGGAGGGAAGCCAGUAAUUCUUCUCUCCCACAGCUUAGGGGGCCUCUUUGUCCUCCAACUUCUCAACCGGAACCCACCCUCUUGGCGGAAAAAGUUUGUAAAACACUUCGUUGCUCUCUCGGCGCCAUGGGGUGGCACUGUCGAUGAAAUGCUUACCUUCGCUUCUGGGAAUACGCUUGGAGUGCCGCUGGUGAAGCCACUGCUUGUGCGAGAAGAACAAAGGAGCUCUGAAAGCAAUCUCUGGCUUAUGCCUAAUCCCAAGCUAUUUGGGCGUGAAAAGCCACUCGUCGUCACCCCAAACGCAACCUACUCGGCCUUCGACAUGGUGCAAUUUCUUAAUGACAUUGGCUUUCCCCAAGGUGUUCAUCCAUAUAAGUCUCGGAUAUUGCCUCUGGCAGACAAAUUAGGAGCGCCUGGAGUGCCUGUUACGUGUAUAACUGGGAGUGGCGUAAGGACGGCGGAGACUUUGUUCUAUAGGAAAAAUGGUUUCGAUGAGCGGCCGGAUAUUGUUUAUGGGGAUGGAGAUGGGACUGUGAACAUGGUGAGCUUGUUAGCACUUGAAUCGCUGUGGUCGGAAGAGAAAAAUCAAACCCUUAAGGUGAUUAGAAUUCCUGGGGUUUCUCAUAUAUCGAUACUGAAAAAUGAUGCUGCACUCGAUCAAAUCAUAGCAGAGGUUUCUGAUAGUAAUUCAUGUUUAGAAUACUCUGUUGUGUAAAUAAUUGAGCAGAGCUGUGAGAUUGGCUCAUGUAAUUGGGCAACACCUUGGAUUUUAUUCAAUAUUUCAACAUCCACAGAAAACAAAAAAUAAAACAUAAACCUCUUUUAUUCA